AUGCGAGCAUGCAACGUGGUAAUCAUACUUCUCAGGGCCCUUAACGACACCGAGGCGGCGUCCGCGGCUGACCACGGCCUCGGUCCGCCCCCCGACCUCGCCUACGUGCCGGACAAGCUCGACCUGAUCGCCGAGGGUGCCAGCGAGGGCGGGCCCGAGAAGCUGCUGGACCGGGGCAGGGUGCAGCUGUUCUGGCUCGGGCUCGGGGAGGUGCGGCUGCCGAAGGCCGUCAUCUCGCUGAAGGUCGGCUUCCCCCCCGCCGUGACCGCGCGCGCCGACGGGGCGGUGCUAGCUGCCGUGCACACGCGGCUGGUCCAGCUGUUGCUCGAGGAGUCCUCGGACGCGCUGCAGACGUGCGGCGUGACGUACUCCAUCUCCGCCGGGAGCGACGGCAUCACGGUGUACUUCAGCGGGUUCGACCAGCACAUCUCUGAGCUGAUCGCAUUGGUCCUGCCGCAGGUUCGCAAAGUGGACCAUCCAGAGCAGCACUUCGAGGUGGUCAGGCGCCAGUUGCUCAUCGACCUCGGCGACGUGACCAAGUCACAACCAUACCAGCAUGCGAUGGAGGCUUUUGAGGUCGUGACCGUGCGCGGGCGCCACUCCCGAGCGGAGCUGCUGGCGGCCGCCGCGAGCGAG